CAGCAGCCUGAAAAGCGGAGAUGACGUUUAGAAACGUGAAUUUAGUGCCGGGCACGACUGACUGCCGUAAGAGUGACGGCCCAGCUGCCCAAUGGGAACGUCAGAUGGAGAUAACAUAGCCUAUCAUCGUACAGGGCGGAUACCAUACAACAAAAUCUGCAAGAUGGCGCUGAUAAGCUGUGAAUGAGGACGGAUACCUCAAGAAUUUGCCAUGAAAGGAAAGGAGCGCUCCCCGGCCAAGGCCAAGCGGUCCCGGGGGGCGGAGGAGUCAACUCGAGAACGGUGUGGGAAGAAGCUGAGCUCUGCCAGUGGCAGUAAUGGCAGCGGCUCAGUGGGCAAGACCUCGGAGGGCAGCUCCGGCCGCCGCGGCCUGCACCUGGACAAGGCCCUCUCAGGCAGCCGCGAGUAUGAACCCUCGGGAAGAGCGCCCGGUCUGCACAGCUACGGCUCCCCGGGUGCUAGCAGCGGGAGCGGCAGCAGCAAGGGCGCAGACAGCCGGGGAGGUGCGGCCGGCCGGAGCGUAGAGGGGCGCGGCGAGUCGGAGUACAAGUCGCUGCGGAUCAGUGAGCUGGGCUCCUCGCUGAGCGACGAGGCUGUGGAGGACGGCCUCUUCCACGAGUUCAAGAAGUUCGGGGACGUCAGCGUGAAGAUCUCCCGUUCCGGCGACGAGCGCGUAGCCCUGGUGAACUUCAGGCGGACGGAGGACGCUCGGGCCGCCAAGCACGCGAGGGGACGGCUCGUGCUCUAUGACCGGCCGCUGAAAAUCGAGGCGGUGUAUGUAACCGGCAGCAAUCGGCGGCGGAGCCGGUCCCCCGGGGACAAGGACCCGUAUGCCAGCCUUUCAGCUGCGGUGUCCUCCCUGCCUGCCCACCGGCACCCGCACGGGCAGCGCGGUCUAUCACCGGGCGGGUUAGGCUACAGAGAUUAUCGGCUGCAACAACUGGCCCUGGGCCGCCUGCCGCCGCCACCACCCCCGCCUCCGCCCAGGGAGCUGGACAGGGAACGGGAUUACAACUUCUACGAGAACAGGGUGCGGCCCACCUACCCGCUAGACCCGCGCAUCAGCAUCCGAGAGGACGGGAGUUCCCCAGAGAACGAUAUAAGAGCCAACAGGACUCUCUUUCUGGGCAACCUGGACAUCAAUGUGACUGAGAGCGAGCUGCGCAGGGCUUUUGAACGAUUUGGGACUAUUACAGAAGUGGACAUCAAGAGAGCGGGCCGUGGGCAAACCUCCACCUAUGGAUUUCUUAAAUUUGAGAAUCUGGACAUGGCUCACAGGGCCAAAAUGGCAAUGUCUGGGAAGUAUAUCCUGCGCAAUUGUAUUAAAAUUGGCUAUGGCAAAGCUACACCCACCAACCGCUUGUGGGUGGGUGGACUUGGACCAUGGGUGCCGAUGGCAUCAUUGGCACGUGAAUUUGACAGGUUUGGCACCAUCAGAUCUAUUGAUUAUCGGAAAGGGGACAGCUGGGCUUAUAUACAGUAUGAGAGCUUAGAUGCUGCCCAGGCUGCUUGUGUUCAAAUGAGGGGAUUUCCAUUAGGUGGUGAACACCGAAAACUGCGUGUGGACUUUGCUGACACAGAACAUCUUUAUCAGCCCCCUUACCUACAACCAUUGCCUUUGCCACAUUAUGACUUAGUAGGUGAUGCUUUUGGCCACCGAGCCCCAGAUCCUCUUAGGGCCAGAGAUCGCACCCCACCUUUAUUGUAUAGAGACAGAGAAAGAGACUUGUAUGCAGAGACUGAAUGGGUUCCCCUCCCUGUUAGAGACAGAAAUAGGAUCACCUAUGAAUCUCUAGACACAUUAGACAGACGAGUUGAUGGCUGGUCUUUGGACAGAGAUCGUGAAAGAGAUGGAGUAACUAAAGAGCAACCCAGGAAAAGGAGGCUGAUGGAUGAAAGUCGUCAUAUUGAUAGAUCUCCUGAAAGUGACCGAUCCAGAAAGAGACACUGUAAUAGUCCUGAUAGAAGUCCUGAUGGCAGUGGUGGACGUGACAGUCGUUACAGUGAUGCAGAUCGUACAGCCAGCCGCACAGAACAGGCCUCACCUUCUAGAGAUUGGCGAGGUAGCCUUGAGCGUGGACUUGGAGAUAAACGUGAUAGAAAGAACUCCAACUCUGUUGAAAGAGAAAAAAAGCAUCGCAUGUUAGAGAUCAAAAGUCCAAUAAGAAAGGAUGAACGUCCAGAACCCAACAGUAAAGUGAAGUCUCCACAAAAACAAGAUGCAACUCAGAAACUUUGCCUGGCUUGGCAAGGUAUGCUGCUCCUGAAAAACAGUAAUUUUCCGUCCAACAUGCAUUUGCUGCAGGGUGAUCUUGCAGUGGCAUCUGGCCUGCUUAUUGAAGGAUCUUCUGGAGGAAAAGUUGCGCAGUUAAAAAUCACCCAACGUCUACGUCUGGAUCAGCCCAAGCUGGAUGAAGUGACCCGACGCAUUAAAGUAGCAGGUCCCAAUGGUUAUGCCAUCCUUCUUGCAGUUCCUGGAACAUCCGAGGGUAAUUUUGCUGGAGAUCAAGCAAGUUCUACUCAGCGUCCCCUGAGAAACCUGGUCUCCUAUUUAAAGCAAAAACAGGCUGCAGGUGUUAUUAGCCUUCCUGUAGGGGGCAGUAAAGAUAAAGAGAACACAGGUGUUCUUCAUGCUUUCCCACCCUGUGAAUUUUCUCAGCAGUUCCUGGAUUCAACAGCGAAAGCCCUGGCCAGAUCAGAAGAUGACUACCUUGUCAUGAUAAUUAUUGGAGCUAGGAAAAAGAAGAUUCUGGUAACAAAAGGAACAUUGAUGGAGGAAAGUGUCUGUUUAGUACUUGCGCAUUUUACUACUUUGGCAGCCAAAAAAAAAAAAAAACCCUGAAAAAAUAUGCAUAUUGUAUAUCUGCUAUUGUGAUGCCAGUUCCUGUGUUUUAAGUGAAAACGUGAUGACUUCAUUACUUUGUGCUGUAUACACAAGAUUUCUGGAAAGUGAGGCUUUGCCCUCUGGCUCACGAGUUAACAUAAUGGUCAUUGAAACAGUGCACACAAUUCAACUAGGUUUUGUUUUCAUUCUCAAUAAAUUUUCAUUUGAGGAAAAUGUC